AUGCGGUACGAAGACUGGGACAUACUCAUCUUCCCCUCGGAUCGAACCAUCGCGCCCGGCUCAACCCAGACAGUCAAAGUGCCGUUGAAGGAAUUCAAGGUCGCUUGCCAUGUCGUUGCUGACUACGAAAUCCCUCAUGGACAUGGAUCACCUGGCCUUCCUGUCAUGACAUGCUUUGUUCCAAGUCUUCCUACUGGGACACCCUUCCACGUCUCGAUCCAUAGCUGGCGCACACCUGAGAUCAGUCAGUAUACCAAGAACUUCAGCAAACACACAGAACUGGUGCAAUUCGAGGCCCGGAUCUACAUCGACGGCCGCCUGGUCUCAUCGACGUCCUUUGCUCGCAAUGGGGAUUGGCCCUGCCUGAUAACGACCACUUUUGAAUUUACCAAGUCAGGCGAGCUGGAGCCUUUCCGUUUUCCACCUUUCCGUCGAGAGCUUCUAUACCACGACCACUGGCACCCAAGCGACGAUAUUGGUCGAAUUAAGAUAGUCAUCAGCGAAGGAUUUCCACGGGAUUCCUUGACGAACCCUAUCGAGCGGGUUAAGAACGUAGUUGCGUUCUCUUUUCAACAUGCUCCUCUUGGUAAGAUAUCCUCCUACCUAGACCAGUCGCGGCGCAAGAUCUGGGCUCAUGAGAAACGAUCAAUCAAGAUAUCCUGGAAGCCAAUAGGAUUGCCUGGCCAAAUCCCUCUAUGUGGAAAGGAAUUCCCAGUGCGGAAAACCGGCCAGUCCCCUCGUAUCGACCUGGAGACGGUGCCGAGUCCCAUGGACAUUCUCCCCGCCGCCAUCGGUGGAACGCCGAUUCCCGUCUCGUGUAGUGAUGCGUCCAUCAAGUGGUAUGCCGGCCUUAACAAGAGUGCUUACAACAUGAGGACUGCAAGGAGAUCAAGCACUGACACCAGCAUGCCCGAUUUUGGGACUGUGCCUGAUUACUCUUCUUCUGCGAGCGGUUAUAACACGGUCAUGCUUGAACCCAGCAACGUCCCUACUGCAGUCAUGACCGAGGAAGCUUUUGCUCCCGCUCACGUGAAAGCACCUACCAACACACCGAUUGUUGGACCCAUGGAUUGCAGCUACCCUCCUGGUUUCUCGUUCAACCUGCCAAACUCGGCGAUUCCCGGCGAUCUUGCGGCGUCCCUGACGCAUUCGUUGCUCAAUCAGCCUUAUCCGUUGCCAGUUCAGCCACACAUGGUUCCUCUGCCAGCUUCCGAGGUCAAGUCGCGCAAGGAGACACGCAAAUUCAGCAAUUUUGCCGCACCGUGCUCACCAGCUAUCCAUUCGCCUUGCGUCGAGAUUUUGGAUAAGCGAAACUUCUCAUCAUCUGCAUUCACGGUUGCAGAAGUCGCUGCUGCUGUGGCCUCCGAUAUCAGCACGCCUUCUCAGCAGAGCUUUCAUAUGCUACCGCCACAUGCGGUGCCGAGAGGUCCUCCCGAAGCAAACAAUGACAAGCCGUUCUAUUCAUCUUCGACUGGCUCCCGGGCCUGUUCAUCGGGCGAUCUCUUGGCUUCUUUCUCUAAUCUCACGGAGGUAAAUGCUGCGCCUGUGAUGACGGCAACGGCUUCUGGUGCAAACAAUACCAUUGUGCCUUUGGGAGAAGCUGCUCCUGACAGGUGCAACAAGCGUUUACGCAAUUUUACCCCUGCCAGAAGCAAGGCUAUCGAUGAGGAGGACGAGCCUAGGCGUGUCAGCCCUAGAUUAAGAGCUACUACCUUCGCGGCGCAGGAUCGCUGCGAGAGCAUCUGA